CCAUGCCUUACAGACACACUGUUGUGUUCUCCAGACAGAAGGGGAGGAAAAAGAGGGAGGAGAAAGACAAAAAAGGAGAAGAGGUACAGGCACACAUUACCCUAGAUGAAUCACAGCAGUUAAAGCAUGCUCUGAGUGAGACAUUAGUUUUUGACCGGAUGCUCCGUCAGAAUCCUUUGGAUCUUUGGAUCCUGUGUUUGCACCUUCAGCAGAAGCAGUGGAUGCUGGUUGGAACAGCAUGAUCGACUACGAGCGUCCCUGUCCAUUAGGCUUCGGGCCGGCUGGGAGGAGUGUGUUGACUACUGAGCUCCCAGCACACACUCAUACGCACACACUGAUGGCCAUGCCUCAGAGAUACUCCCACCAGAGGAGGAAAGCCAGCACAGCGGCUGCUCGGAGGAUGGAGAGAAGACGCAGGGACCAGUGGAAGAGCAGCAACAACAACCCAAGCAGCAGCCACAGCCAUCGCUCCAAGAAGCUGGUCAUGCUCUCCAGGUCCCUGAUCCUGUGUCACUCUAAGACCAAUGAAGACUGUCCCGAGGACAGACAUGCUGAGGAAGCAUCAGAUGGGUGCAGGGCAUGGGGUCCAAGCUGGAGGUCAAAAACGAUUAGUGUGGAUCACAUAGGAUAUAGAGAUACGCAAAACGGACAAUGGAGGAUGACCCAGCAAUCAUCUAUGGAGAGAAGAGGAGACAGCGAGGCAGACCGUCAGCUUCAAAACACAACUGUCAGGGAGAAUAAAAGGAGCAUAAAGAAGUCCUUCAGCAUUAAGGAGAGCAGUAUCUGGAGGAUGUGUGUAGCCACAGGGCCUGCUGAGGAGGUGUGUGGACCACAAAUGGCUGACAACAGCAUUCAGACGGAUAGCAAAGUCACUAAUGUGGAGCCAGGGAGGAAUCGAGGGAACCUGCACAGACGCAGCAGCUUCCUGAGCCCAGACAAGCUAGCACCCUUUAAUGGAGAGUUUCUAAACAGCAGUGCUUUGAUGGAUGGGGAGGGAAUGAGGAGUGUCCACAUUAAAGCCUAUAACGAGGAAAUUUCCACAUGUGAAGACACUCUCCAUUCACAUACUCCAGAUCAGCACCCAGCUCUCAUCUCUCCACCUGACCUUCAGUCAUUUCCUGGAUACACAGAUGAAAAACUUCUGGCCAACAACAAUCACCUCAAGCUACCCAUCCCAGAGGUGAACGAGGAGAGAUGCUGGGAGGCUAAGAAAACAGAACAAAGCUCACCAGAACAGAUGACCAGCAAUAGGACACGCUCCAAUUCAACCAGUGUUCAUCCGUACUGGAUUGGAGAUCUGGACAGCAUCAUUAUGAAAACCCCAGAGCUGUAUGCCAAUCAUCCUAAUGGGAAUAGUGGUUUCUAUGGAAACAGGAAGUCUCUGUCCCAGCAGCUGGAGUUCUCUCACACCACUACACAGACUGUUCAGCGUCCCUCCCGCUCCCUCAGCUCUGCCCAGCUGGUACACUCCUGCAGUAACGUGCAAGCCUUCAUAAUCUGUAAUAUUGUGCUAAUGAAGGGCCACGGCAAGGGUCUGGGCUUCAGUAUAGUGGGAGGGAGGGACAGCUUGUAUGGACCAAUGGGCAUCUAUGUCAAGACGAUUUUCCCAGCAGGAGCUGCAGCUGCUGAUGGAAGACUGCAAGAAGGUGAUGAGAUCCUGGAGCUGAAUGGAGAGUCACUUCAUGGUUUGACUCAUGAUGAAGCUCUGCACAAAUUCAAACAAAUCAAAAAGGGCCUCCUGACGCUGGUGGUGAGGACCAGCCUGCGUGUUGGGGCUCUGUGUGGUCAGUCGCAGGUAGCCCAGCUGUGCAGGUCACGCUCCCUCAGCACCACAACAGCCAUGGCCAGGGUCAGCGCUGAUCUGGGAGACUACGACUACCUGAACAUCUGCAGUAACGCACUGAGCAUCCCGGGUCAGCCUGCUAAGCCCAGAGACUGCAUCAUGAUGGAGAUCAUCCUGCAGAAAGAGGUGGGUGUUGGUCUGGGUAUUGGACUGUGCUGUGUUCCAUCUGCUGACGGAUGCCCCAGGAUCUACAUUCACACCCUCUCUCCUGGAUCGGUAGCUCACAUGGAUGGCAGACUCCGGUGUGGGGAUGAGAUCAUGGAAAUUAAUGACACUGUGGUUCACAACAUGGCGCUGAAUGACGUCUAUGCAGUUCUGAGCCAGUGCACAGCAGGUCCAGUCCACAUCAUCGUCAGUCGACACCCAGACCCUAAAGUAUCAGAGCAGCAGCUGAAUGAUGCUAUCGCUGAUGCAGUGGCCAACAGCAAACUGAGAAAAAAUAAGAGCCAGUGGAGCAUUGAUGGUCUACGCAGACCCGAGUCUUGCUCUCACAGCCGUCAGAGAUGUGAGCAUUGUCUGGAGAGGAACUGCACUCAGCUGAUGGUUCGACAAGCACCGAAGACUAUGGCUUGCUCCUGCAGCGAUAACACCAGCAGCCUCCACAACAGCUGCCUCACCAUCCACAACCACCACAACACACAGCAUAGCCCAUCAGCCCGUGUCCACAGCCUAGACACACCCAAGUCUAUAACAGAAACGUGGUCUGACAACAGACUGUCAGUACCUGUGUAUCCUGAUGAAGGUUAUAAUGUCCCAUACAACUCUCCUGCUGCCAACCUGUCCAGUCAGCUGGUCCUGAAUCUGGCCCACAGGAGCAACAAGUCUACCUGCAGAGCGCAUGCUGGUGCUCGUCGACGCUGCUGGCCUCAGGAUGUGACCAGUGAGGAGGGUUAUAAUGGUGACUCCAGCGACUCCAGCAGGGGAUCCACAGUUAGAGACAAAGGACUGAAUGCGCCAUCCCACACCAGCUGCCAGCUCUUCAGCAGCAUAUACAAGGCCUUGCAAAAGAUCCUGAGGCUACUGUUAAGAAACGAAGGAGAACGCACAAGAGAACAGUCAGAGAGCAGUGAAGAAGAUUUUACUCAUCAAGACGCUGCAGUGUGCACCAACAAACAACUACACACAGGAGAUUUAUCAGCUGUGCUCUGCUCAAAGCCAAAGAGAGGAGCUCUAAAGAGACAGGCUUGUAUUGAACAAUACACCCAAGAACAGCUUCAGGAUCCUUGGGUUCGCCUUUCAAAGAGCUCCACAGAAGAUCUGCCUGACGUCCAUCAUCAUCACCAGCAUCGCGCUACACACAGCACACAACCUGACAGCAUCCACAGCGUCCCUGCUACCAUGAGUGACGAAGAGUAUAUUCUUGAGGCCACUGUCGAAGCCACAGACUUGACUUUAGACCUGCCAUCAAACAUUGCUCCUGAAAACACAUCUGAAGCUGAUUCAGGAUCAAAGAAGGGCCCCCCAGUGGCACCUAAGCCUGCCUGGUUUCGCCAAAGUCUGAGGAAAAUUCGAGAAGAACAUGACCAGAAGAAUCAACUUAAACCCUCAGAGAAGAGGCCUGCUGCAGGCUUCAGCAGAAGUUUUGGAGCCAGAUCUGCCUCUUCUGCAGCCAACCUCUCAAUUAAACAAAAGAUUCACUCUUUUGAAACUUUUUCCAGUCCAGACAGCCCAGAGAAGGGGGGCAAUAGGAGGCCUGUGGCCCCUUCCACCUCCCUUCCACAGAAGGAGACCAGAAGUCCCUGCCCUUCCUACCAUGCUGUACAUGGAGGUUAUGAGAAGGGCAAACAUGAGCUCCCUAAAGAGGUCCAGUCAGACCAGUCAGCAUCUGUUAGGGAGGUAGACGAUGUAGCUGUUCCUAAUACAUUCUCUGCUAUCACCCCAGCCACUUACGAAGUUUGUAGUCAAACAGCUAAGUCCUCUGAAAAUGAACCUCCCUCCAUGCUGUCUCCCACUGAUAUUCUACCUUCUGACAACAUCAGCACUAAUCUGGACUCAGAGAUAGAUGAUUCUCCUGCAGCUUCAGUCCAUGAUGACAGCAAAGUCUUACCAUCCAAACUGGAGUCUGAGCAAGAAAAAGUGGAUCUCAACAGGUUCACAGAGUCUAGUGUUCUGCCCACUGCAACAUCUAUGAGAUUUGAUGAAACAGAGGAAAAUGCUUCAGAUGGGACAGACGUGGACAGAAGACAGAGCGACGGAGAUCUGCUGAGGACAGCUCAGAGUGCUGCUCCACCCACUGAGAACAACCUUCUGAGAAGCCCAGAGGAAGAAAGUUUAGGGAAACUCAUUGCCUUCAGUAACCAGGUUUCACAAGUAUUGAUGCACACUCUGCCCAUGUCCUGCCGUGGUAACCCUCACUCCCCAAACCUGCAAGACGGCUCAGCAUUGGACUUUCCUAACACUCAGGAUUCUGAGUCAGGCUUGGACAGCACUGAUAGAGGAUUUUCUGUCAGCUUGGCCACACUGAGGGAGUGUACCAUCGAACGAGGGGAGGGGGAGGCAUCAUUCCCUUCUUCUUAUGCUCACUCUGUCAUCUCAGCCAUCCCUUCACAGGAAAUACAGAGGAUGAUCCAGGAGGUCAAAGACCUGGACCAAGACGCAUUGAAGCAACUGGUGGACAUCCAUGUUGUGAUUCUACAUAAAGAGGAGGGAGCUGGUCUGGGCUUCAGUAUUGCUGGAGGGUGUGACUUGGAGAGCAAAGCUCCAACAGUCCACAGAGUGUUUCCCAGUGGCCUGGCGGCUCAGGAGGGCACCAUCCAGAAAGGAGAUGAGGUGUUGUCUAUAAACGGACAAACACUGCGUGGGCUCACACACAUUGAUGCUACCGCUGCCCUGCGUCAGACCCGCAGCCUGAAGCUGGCUGUGGUAGUGAUCUGCAAGAGAGCUGAGGAGGAGGGAAAAGAGGGAGGAGGCUGUUGGAGUGAAGAGCCCAACCCUGCAGUGCUGGAACAGGGGGACCCAGUGAGUGCAGAGCUACUGAAAGGUCCUGGAGGGGUUGGCUUUACUUUAGAGGGGGGAAAGGGCUCAAUCCAUGGAGACAGACCUCUAGUCAUCAACAGGAUCUUUAAAAGUGGCGCAGCAGAGCAGAGUGGACUGCAGGGUGGAGAUGAACUGCUGCAGGUCCAGGGAGUCAGUCUAACGGACAUGACUCGAUUUGAGGCCUGGAACAUGAUCAAGGCUUUACCUGAAGGAUCCGUUACAGUGGUGAUCAGGAGGAGGCAGGGCCGUACGGAAUGACAGCUGCUGGGAGAACUCAAAAAGAAACAUAACCUCAGUAGCAUUUGAGGAACACAGAUGUUGGACUUUCAUUUAACGACCUCAUAGAAAACAGUCAGUCAGUCGUUGUGGUCCACCCCCACCCCAAAACUCCACAUCCCUACAUUUUCUCAGUUGCCCUUAACUGUAACUAGCCAUGCAGAUAGAUUUGUGUCCCAAUAACCGUUAAUAAUCUACAUACUUCAUGGACAAUAUUUUUUUACCUUCAGAAGAAAAUAGUGAUAUGAGACAUGAGUUGUUAAAUACAGUGUCUGACCAGUGUUGUGGAAGAAACAAAAAUAAAUGAUUUUGUGUGCACAAAUAAAACCAUCGUGCCAUUAAA